UACUGAGGAUUACUUCCUGAUAACCACGCUCACUUGGAAUUACAUAUCGAACACCGCUGCACGCCUUAACGCACGCGUUCGUGGUUGCAGCACUCUUGCAUGAUAGCUUGCAUAGCAAGUUAGCACAGCGAUCCGAACUUUCGGGACAAGGAACAUGUCGAUCAAGUUAUUGAAAUCGAGCGCUCAUGCUCGUCUAUACCGGGGCGGUUUAGUGUGCCGAGUCCCAAGGAUGUCAACCGUUCCCAAAGCGAUGACGACAAAUGGACGGCUUCAGGCGAUCAGCUGCCCAGCGCACCAUUCGUCUACAGCUCUAUCCGUUAUGGCUGCCGCGGCUGCCGGUACCUUGCUUGCGAAGCUCUCUGCCCUCAUGGCUGCCGGAGUUGCUCCGGGUGUGGUGCUGGCUUUGCUUCAUUCCUCGUCAGCUAUGCUUAAGCCGACUGAGAGCUUCUAUCACCACCCACUAACGCUCCAUGGAGCCCUGCCUGGGAAGGUCGCAAUUGCUCAGGCGCCCACUCCCGCGACCCAACCCACAAGCUCCGCACUGCCAUCAGAGUGGUUCAUCGCUACCUCGGCGGCCCAGUGGCUCGACCAGCACCGGCUGGCCGCCGCGUCAGGCGCCCUGCUCGCCACCGUCUUUGUCUCCGACAAGGCCGCACGCGCACACGCACCCCUCCUAGAGCGCCUCCGCCGCAGCUAUGGCACCGGCCCCGCCGCUCCCGUGCGCUUUGUCUUCGUCCACAUCGGCCCUGGCUUCGCGCGCCGCAACCACGCCUGCUGCGCCGCCGCCGCCGCCCCCCGCGGCUCCCAAGCCCUGGUCCUAGGUCACCUGGCGCAUACCGCUGCCGUACACGGCCUAGACGUGGCGCUGAGCUCGCUGCUGCCCGGCGGCAUCCGCGCCUUCCCCUCCGUGCUGCUAACGGCUCCCUCGGGCGGCUCCGCGCGCUGCUGUGCGGCCAGCCGGGUGGGCGAGCUGACUCAGCUGGUGUCGGACUGGGCCUUCAUAAACCGCAGCUUCGCGCUGGCACUGGCGCGCGGCAGGGCGGCGGGGGCAGGUGGGGUGGGGGCGGAGAGCGCGGAGGGGUUGCGGAUGCCGGAUGGCGGGGAGUUGGCUGCGAGGGCGCGGGAGGAGGUGCGGAAGUCGCUGGAGCGGGCGGUGUCGCUGCCGCUACCGCCUCCGCAGCAGCGGCCGCUGCAGCUGCAGCAGCAGAGGUCAGGCCGAAAUGGAGUUCUGAUGGCGUGAGGGAGGUAUUACUGUGUCACCGGGAAGGAGGGAUGAGGGAUGUGGAAUGCGGUUUUGUUUGUAGGUCGUGGAGUCAGCCUUGUGUGUGUAUUGUACCUGUUUGUAGGGACAGCGCUACCGGCGGCCGAGGCCAUCACCUGCGCAAACUAUUCAUUGUGCUGUUGAUGUUGCUCUGCCUCGCACAUACUGCAGCGGCAGUCCUUUCGGUUCGUUCAGCUACCGAUUGGGUAGCCCAGUGUUCGAAUCUGCUGUUUAUAACCCCGUGUGAUCCCCUGCAUGCUUGUGUUCGCAUCGCUCCUACCGCGGAUGUGGAAGCACUGACCGGUGAGACACGCGACAACUCAGUGUUGCGUUGUACCCUAUUAGAGGAGGCGGCCCUUUUUGUGUGAGAAAUGCAUUAAACUGUCUACUUUUGGUUGAUUGUCAGUUGACCGUUUUAUGUGGCAGGUGUGUGUGGUCAUGCAGAGUUUAUAGGAGUCUGUAUAGCAAGGCGAGUUUUGCCCAAGAUGACUUUCAACUGGUGGGGUUCACAAUGACGAUCAAGUAUGAAGUGCGGGAUGAUUAAGGCUGUAUCAGGAUGUUAACUAAGUACGACAAGCUAUGGUAUGCGGAAUGACACUAAUAUGACACGUGAAGAGUUAACUGUGGAUGGGGAUGACGCUGACGACCUUGGCAUUAUUCCUUGCACUAUAAGAGCCCCCCGGCGCGUUUUUGUGAUUCCCCUCCGCGCACCUUUUUUUCGGCACACACGCCCGGCUCAUAUUGUACAGUUUGUUCGUUGCUGCUGAGAGCUAAUUUUGAAAUGUGCAUCAAGGGUUUGGGGCGGCACGUGCACGUGUACUGCCACCUACUGUCCCCUCUCUGCCGUGUCGGUAGGAUCAUGUUGACGAUCGUUUGGUUUGGCUGUUUAGGUCCUUUACGGCUUGGAUUCAAGUCAGGACCUGUUGGGAUGGUUUGUCCAGUUCUGUGGCAUUACCUAGCUGAGCUCCGAAUGGGUGUUCCCGGUAUUGCUUUGUCUGGCAAGGCGAAGGCACCGCAAUAAUGACUGUUUGUGAUACCCCCUGUACACCAAACGCCGUAUUUUUGCGGGUGUAGUAUAUAAGAUCCUGAUGAUGUACAGAAAUACCACUGUAGGAGAAGUAGAGGUGGUCCUUUUAGUGAUGGCUGUACCCACUUGGUGCCCAUGUAUUGCCCGUUGUAGUGUUUUUUGAGGAACUCUCACAUUUUGCUAUCGCGUUCGUUGCCGUUUCCUCCCAGAGUGGGGGCAUCCUGGCGCUCUCCACUCCCCUAACAGUGCAGUGCAGCAUGCUGAGCAGGCUGUACAGGGUAUUCAUGUCAGGACUGACCAUGGCGCCCUCCGACGGUGCACACACACGCUCGAUAUGUCGGUGAUGCUCGCACGCCGCCCCAGGUGGGCACUCAUUGCUUGUAUUUAGACAGUUGGUCGUUCGCAAGACGGUUAAUCGUUCGUAUGGUCGUAUAACAUAUCAUUAGCCAUGUGUAACACAUCCUACGCG